AUGAGACGCAUUCAGGGUCGCGUGACGCGCGAUGAUAUUCGCUCAGCAGGGCUGAGACGAUGGGAUGGACGAGCUCGAGUCACAACAGACUGGGUCAAUCUUUUUCAUGAGCCUGAGCUAUGCUGGCCAACAGGCGACUGUCUUGUCUACUUGCGCGAACAGGGCCAGUCCAGUCGGGGGCCUGCCUUUCGAGUGCAUACUGCGUUCCUCAAAGUCAGAGGGUUCGAAUCUCUGGUAGACCGCUGUGUGAUGAGGAACUCGAUUCAUGCGGCAGUGCAAUGUGUCCUGCCCAAUUGUGCAGGGUGCGACCCGCAGGAGUCGUUACACGAACUGUAUAUCCCGGCACCUCAUGGGGCAAGCCUUGAGGAUAUCUUCAACCAUCAUAUUACGACACGGAAUUUCUUCGCAUGGCUCUACAACCGACCACUGGCUGGCCGCACACUGGGGUCCGCUUUGGCUGCGCUGAAGAAGAGGGUCGAUGUCUAUCGGCCUGACGACAGCUCCCAGAACAAGGUCGAAGUGCUGUCGUUCGCCGAGAAUCAAAGGUAUCUGGACUUCCGGGAGUGUGUUGAUCAUGCUCUGGCAGCUCUUUCGUUGGCCGAAGCUCUUCAGGUUGAAGAUCUUUGGGUCGAUGCAUUUGCCCAUUGUGUGGGAAUGAGUCACCGUGGCCUUCGCUCAAGCAUCGAGUAUGCAGGCUUGAGCGCAAAGUCCAAGACGCUCGUCAAUCGCGCGAGACUGGAGAUGGACAUUCGACUGGACAGGGUCAACAAGUCCGUCGUGACCUUCUUUGAAAACGACGUCUCGGGAAGCUUCCUCGGUCUACCACAACCAGCGCGAGAUCACCUCAAUAAAUUCCGCGCAUUCCUCAAGUCACUCUACCAGGAUCGCUAUGGCUCUUGGCCUCCUAAGCGUUUCGAAGAAGAGGUCAUUCAGCAAACCAUAUACUCAACCAUGUUCUCGGAUUUCAAGAACCUCUAUCAGCACCUAGUCGACCCUGAGUCCACAGCGGAUAUGGUAGAGAACGACAUCUCAAAGACUGGUGGUGUGUGUACUCUUCAGAACAUCCAAGCUUUUGACAAGAAGCACUCUUACGAACCCCUUACUCAACCACUACCUCUCCUACCUGAGCCAUUGGAGGCUAGCUCGAGUCCACGCCCUAAGCUUCAGCGAAGACUGUCUUGGAAUCCAAUCCAAAAACGUAAGGCGCUCAAGGAGAAACGAAAGGCGCAUGACAAACGCGCGUUGAUUGGUGCCUCCAAUCGAGAUCUAUUGGUCAUGGACUGUCCCUUGGUCCGUAAGUACUCUGAGUUCGAGGAGAUGACCGUUGAUGAUGAUCUUGAAGGGCUCUCUGCUAUAGAGGGCCGCAAAGUGAGAUGGAUCCUGGUCUAUGCUGUCCUCCAAACUUUCCAUUCGAUCGCCCAGCCCCCGAAGGAAGUACGCAACACCUCUAAUCUAACAUAUUCCCUCUGCUGUCAGCCUCCAAAACAGAAGCCGUGGCAAGAAACACCAUUACCUCAAGUCCGUACUUUGAAUAAGAAGAAGUCUCAGCUGGCUCCCGACAAUGGCUAUUCACACACCAAUGCAUCGUCUUCUUCGCUCGGCGAGACACUGACAAGAGGAAGAUCGGCGAAGCUACGUCGGCGCACACUCCCUGCGAACCUCCCUGGGUCUCUGAUGGCCUCCCUGUCAACCAGAACUCCGCCCGCCUCCCGCUCCGCCUCACUCCGAAGAUUAAUCUCUCGUGGAGGUCAGACCAACAGGGACGAGAUGCCUCCUAAGCGCCCUUCAUUCUGCGAGAUAUACGUUGAAGGCUACGGAAAUGGUCUAAAUGAAGUUGCUCGUGAUGUCGCUUCCUCUACGCUAGCGGAGCUGACCGCCGAACCCGAGUCGGUCAUUCAAGAGGAUCAGCAAGAACCACACGAGCUUCAGGGCGACAUCGUCCAUGAAAUGGCAGCUGACAACACCGAGGAAUUACCUCCGCUACCACCAUCGGAAACCUCAGGUACAACACCUCCGAGCAUGUCUCGCGAGUCCUCCAAUUCUUCGGUCAGCAGUGACUCCUCCCACGGCAACGAGGACGGUGAUGUUGCGCCCGUCACAUCGACGGGCAGUGCGGCAUGCACGCUCGAAGAGAUUCUGAGCUCUACCAGUCUCAUCAAACGUCGAGACGGCAUCAAAGACGACUUGGCUUGCACCACAACCAGACGGCGACCGCAGUCACUCGUUCUUCGAGGCACAGUUCCUCGUAUCAACAUCAUCAACAGUGACCGGUACGAUUCAGACCUCGAAUUGCCGUAUGUUCACUUUAAUACACAAACCUGGGACAUGAUCUUGGCACAAAGACCAAUGACUGCGCCCGGUCCGACGGCGAUUGCUGCGUAA